CACUGCCUAGAAGCAACCAUCAUUAACAUCUUCUCACAACAAAAUCACUUAGUCUUUUAAUUUUUGUGUUGAUUUUGGAUCUUCAUAAUCCAUGGGUGUUGUUACUCAGGAAUAUGCUACCCCUGCUGCUGUGCCCCCUGCAAGGCUUUUCAAAGCCAUGACCUUAGAUUUCCACAACCUCUUCCCCAAGCUUGUUGAUGCCAUCCACAGUAUUGUUUUCACCCAAGGAACUGGUGGCCCUGGAACCAUCAAGAAGAUUACCACAAUUGAAGGGGACAAAACGAAGUAUGUGUUGCACAGAGUUGAUGCAAUUGAUGAGGGUGCUUUUGUAUAUAACUUCAGCAUAAUUGAGGGUACUGGCUUGGCUGAACCAUUGGAGAAGGUAUCGUAUAAGAGCCAAUUGGUAGAUGGUCCAAAUGGAGGAACCAUUAGGAAGGUGCAUGUCCAAUUUUUCACCAAAGGUGAUGCUACCCUCAGUGAGGAAGAGCUCACGGCUAACAAAGCCAAGAUCGAAGGGCUUGUAAAGCUCGUUGAAGGUUACCUUUUGGCCAACCCUGAUUACUGAAACUCUUUCGAACUAAUAAUAAGAGCUUGGCUAUGAUGCAAAUUGAUAAGCUUGAUCCAUGGAUCUACAACACCAACGCUUUCUUCUAUCAUAUCUUCCAAAUUUUUCUUUAUUAUGACUUGGGCGUGUAAUCAAUCAUAAAU